AUGAACCAUCAGCGGCUAUUAGCGAAUGCGGCGCAACUUGUCGCGCAUACAAGCACUCGGGGGGUCCGAUCGUUGAAUCCCGUCAAUUUCCGAUCGCCAUGGCCUUUUGUGAAGAAGGGCUCUUAUGGACAACGAAAAAUCGGACCAUAUCGAAUUGAGAAGUUCCUAUGGCCGGGACAGAAUCGCGAGUUUCCGGAAUUGUCGCCGAAAUUCCAGAAGCUGAAUCCACCGGAAUUGCAUAGAUACACGGGGGUUCAAGAAGAUGGCUACUACGAUGCCGAGGGAAACUUUGUGCCAGUCAAGGAGAUGCGAAAUGAGCUUGUUGUCCCGAAUUUGGAAGGGUUUAAACUUAAACCGUAUGUUUCAUAUCGAGUAGAUGUUCAAAUUGAGAAACGAAAAGCGGCGUAUAGGAAAAAGGUAUUGGAGAAGGGAUCGGAACGAUUAGCCGACUUACACACGGUGGAAGAUGAAAGAUGGCCGCCACCGAAAAUGACGCCUGAAACAUUGUUUGAGCUUGCUUAUGGUGAAACAGUCCGAACGGCAUUCAAAGAAGGCAAAUAUGGAGACCAGCCGAAGCAAAUCAAAUCCGAACCUUCUUAA